AGGUCGCAACUGGAGUCUCAGUCGCGUGAAUGCGAUUUAUUAAAAAACUAAAAUAAUAAUGCGAUUCCGCGGCUGUUGGCCAUAAUUUUCCAUACCUCUGAAAAUGACAAUAAAUUGUGAAUUUAAUUUAUCGCGUGCCGCCGCUAUUUAUUAUACUGGCGAGCAAAUUUCGGGCUCACUCACUGUGACAGUGGGCGGAAAAAAACAUUUCCCAUUAGAGGGCGUAGGUAUCACACUCCAUGGAGUCUCAACGGUUCACUGGCGGGAAUCACUUCGCGGUCCCCCGGAAAUCGAACAUAAUGAUAGUACGGGAAGGUUCGAGUGUGCCAAGGUGGAUUACAAGGGCAGCAAGGUUCACAUAAAUCAAACAAAGAAGUUGACUGAAGGCCUACGCCUACAACCUGGGAUUUUUCGAUUGGGCGAAUUCCAGUUCAAACUCCCUGAUAAUCUGCCAGCCACCUGCAGACUUCCUUUCGGCAAUGUGGAGUACUUGCUAAAGGUUGUCAUUGAAAGGCGGGGCAAAUAUAACAAGUGCUUUCAGCAGCGACUGGUGAUAAGAAAGAGUCUGGAGUUUAGUGACCUAAAGCCGCAGUUUAAGGAAACAUCGAAUAUAGGCCUUUCACUACCCCGAAGUGUGUUUGUUCCUGGUCAAAGUGUACCCUAUGAGGUUAUUUCAAAAGACGGAGUUUUUAAAAUCCUAACCCGCUUGUGUAAAAGAGUUAGCUAUAAAAGUCAGGAACCCAAUCUCAAGACCAAAACAGUUAUACAAGUUUUAUCGGAGUGCUCGGACCUGAAAGGAGAUCUUCGACUGCCUCUGACAGCUCCUAUUAUGAGCCCCGUGGAUCAGUUGGAACUCAUACAGAUCAGUUACUAUAUUGAGACAUUUAACUACUUGGAGGCUCCGGUCAGACUGCCCAUUUUUGUGGCCACAGCAGCACCGCCUGUUUACACCCCGUUGGAAACCUCCCGACUUGGCUUCGUUAAUAUGGCCUUGAGCCAGAGCGAACUGUUUGGGCCAAUUAAUCAGUUUCUGGCCCACAGCUGUUCCCGAGAAAUUGGCGCCUUGGCGCUGAGCAAACACUGUGAACGCAUCAAGUUGCUGAAAGGCCCGAAGAGAAAACAGUCGUACGUGCAAUUAGCACUGCGAUACUUGUAUAAGAAAGUAUUACCCUGACACGCGCCGAGGUUGGAAUUUCAGUGUCAAGCUUUUGAUAUUUUAAGAAUUCAAUGGAAUCGAACUUGAAAUGCGGUAAUGGAAAGUAACCCAAACAACUGGAAUUCAGGGUGUCACUAUUACACUGGACAGAAAAUAAUGGAUUAAUGGCUUAGUACCAAAUACCAAACUAUUCAUGAUUUGAUCCCAAAGAGUUCAAGGCUAGACAUUUUUAGGAACAAAAAAUGCAGAUAUUAUAAACAUAAUUAGAAUAAUAAUAUUGUUGUAUUUUUUACUGUAAGUACUGACUACUAAGUCCUUAGGAUCUGAUUUAGAUUAAUAAUAAUAAAUAAAAAAGACUUAUUCUUCUUGCCAAUAAUAUUAAUUUUAAGUUGACAGCUAAAGUUAAAAUUACA